AUGGACAUCGAUGACAUCCUCGCCUCUGUCGACCGCCAUGAUGCUUCCGCGCCCGAGUCUACGGCCCUCGACCACCAGCUCCUGACACGUUUCUGGGUCGCAGAGCGUGCCGUCUCGGAGCUCCUCCCAUGGCCAGGAUCCUUGAUGAUGCGGAUGAUGGAGCGCGUACGGCGACAGAUCGAAAAAAUCGAAGACCUCGCCGCCUCCUCCUCCGACCCCUCCUCCCUCUCCACAACCUCAACCUCAAAGACAAACAUCAACCUCACCCUCUCCAUCCUGCAAACAGACCUCGCCCGCACCCAGUACCUCAUCCGCUCACUCCUCCGCCAACGCCUCGCCAAACUCACAAAACACAGCAUGCACUACCUGCUCCUCGUCGCGCCCGCGCCCGCGCCCGCGCCCCCCUCCCCGUCCCCCUCACAGUCGCAAUCACAGUCGCAACCCCACGACUCCAUCCCGGACCCAACCCUCGUCCCGAACCCCUCCCCGCUGUCCCCGCAGGAAGCCGCGUUCCUGCACGCCCACCAGACCCUGCUGGCGGCCCACUACGGCGCGUCGUUCCUCGACUCGUUCCCGCCGCAGCUGCGGCGGCUGGAUGACAAUGCCGGCGGGACGAGUAUGGUGCAAGGGCCGGAGGUGCGGGAGGCGGUUGUGGUGCGCUGUCUGGCGGAGGAGGUGAGGGUUGUUGUGCCGCCGGGGGAUGGGGUUGAGGAGGAACAGUUGGGGACGAGUAUGCGGAUGGGGGAUGUGUGGGUUGUGCGGUGGGAGGGGAUCCGGGGUGCGUGGGAGAGGGGGGAUGUGGAGGUUCUUUAG